AUGUGCGGGGCAUCAUUACCUACCUACGAUGACCUCGAGUCGACUUCCCACGAAACUCGCUAUUCUGGCGCAGAGGUCUAUAAGAUGGUGAGGAAUUACAUGCGGAAGAAAGACGGCGGCCGCGUGAAAGAGCGCCAAAAUCGUCGAAGCGGGCCAGUACAACUAAGCCUGAAGAUGUUAUUGAAGAGGCAUAACAUCGUCGGCGUACUCGGUCAACUGCUCAAAUUUCCGGGCGUGAUUGAAGGCCUCCAGCUGAGCAACAUCCACAAACACCUCGCUCUCCACUUCGACGAACGCAUAUGUCAUUACUUUGAGCAUAUCCAGGGUGUAGGUGCAUCAUCGCUGGGGAGCUUUUAA